ACACGACAUGUUUUGCAACCUGAGACACAAUAAUUCGAGUGGACCAGAAAUAAACAGAUGGUAGAGAUAACGUUUCCCAAAUAAUAAUUAUAUAUAAAGGUAAAUUCCAUCUAUAAACAUAUUAAUAAUGCUGACUUUAGACGCUGAAUAUCGAAAACAUACCAGCUUUGCCACACUGCCGUGAAUUGGAACGUAUAUUCCGACGUGUAUGUAAAUAAUUUACUACAGUGUGCGACCGCAUCACUCCAGCCCGACUCAGCAAGAGGUAACGGAGCUGUCAGGGUCGAAGAGAGCCGUGUCGUUAACAGUGCAGAGGUGAUUCCUCACCUUUUAGAAGUAAAAGUUGAAGAUUAAAGGAGGAUUAAAGUGUACCAAUUCUUCUUGCAUCAGGUGUAUCUCUAUAUUUAAAACAUUUCCUGAACAGCAGCUCACCAGCCCAAGGCAAUGGGAUAUGAUAUAGAGCGCUUUGUUGGCUACGUCAAUGACGGUCUUCUGUGCUGUAUCUGUCGGGAUGUGCUGGAGAAUCCACUGCAGGCACUCUGCGAACAUGCCUACUGCACCUCCUGCAUCCAUGGAUGGUUGGUUCAUCACCACAACUGCCCUGAAGACAGGCAGGCCCUUGAUUUAUCCAUGCUGCGACCCUUAUUCAGGUACAUGCGAAAUGACUUGAAUCGACUGCAGAUCCAGUGCCGGAACAGAGAACAUGGCUGUGAAAUGGUGUGUUCUCUUGAAUCCGUGGACAGACACGAGCGAGAGUGUGAAUACAGCCGAAUUCCCUGCACAAACGCUAGUUGCCCGAUGCAGGUUGAGCGUCGAAACCUGGAGGCACACCUGGCCAUCUGUGAGUACCGUAGUAGGGAGUGUCCUAAUGGCUGUGGCUACACCAUUCUCAAUGCUGACGACACUCAUCACAACUGUGUAGCAGAGCUGAGGACAGAGCUGGAACUGCUCAGGUCUGAGAUGAUAUGUAAAGUUGAAGAAGUAAGGCAUGAAAUGGAAUCCCGACUGGACUCGCAGAGGCGACACAUGGUGCAGAAGGAAAGCCUGCUUAAAAAUGAAAUCGAGGAACUGAAGAGCCAGAUGUCGCGGGUGAUGUCAGAUGUGCGCACCCUGCUGGCAGCAGAGCGGCUGCACAGGCAGGACCUGGAGCAGGCCGAGCUGGAGAAGAGGGAGCUCAUGGAGUUGCUCAAGAGCCUGCAGCGAGAUGGCCGUACUGCAGGCAACAUUGCAGAGGGAAGCAUCCGCAAAACCAGCGGCACCCGAACCCUUGCUCGCCUCGACAGCAUCAAGAGGAAACCCAGAGAGGUCACAGUCAUCUAAGCCUGUGUUUCAGAGGCCUUUACCAAGACGAUUGGAUUACACCUAGCCCAUGGCAUAUUUAAGUACAAAGAAACUGGUGCUGGGAUGAUACACAAUGAUUUAGGCAACAUGGUUUCUAUGCAAUUAUACAGAUCAGGUCCUCAAAUCAGCUCUGAAAACUGCCAUUCAACAAUUGAAGAACCUUUAUUGCAUUAAGGAAGUGAUAUCACUGCCACUUGAGGACUAAUGUAGAAACAAAUACAACAUAUUUUAUUAUUAUUUGGGGUCAUUGAAAUUGUUGUAUUAUUACCUUUUGAAGUUAGUCAUGCACCCAAAAAACUACACAAUUUUGACAAAUAGUGUAUGUUUCAUUCCUUUUUUCUACACCAAAUGACUAAGCAAUACAUAUAUAUUGUAUAAGUAUAAACUAUGAUUCCCAUACAAUAGUAAUUAGUUGUUUUUUGUUCUUUGUAAGGUAAAGAAUGCAGCCAAACAAUGUCUUGGUGCUUUGUUUUAUAAUUUUAGAAAUGUCUUCCAUCGUAGUCAUAAUUUGGUAAAUGUCUAUCUUUCUGAAUACACAGUACAUGUCUUUUAGAUUUUUGUUCUAUGUCAUAAUAAUGUUGUACUGUAUAUGACUGUCACUAAAAAUUUUGUACAUAA